AGUCAUGCCUGCGCGCUCCCGCCUUUGCUCAUCAAUUACACACACACACACGCAGCAGCGGGAUGUAACAGCUGUUACACCGGGAACCGUGUUACAUUGUUGCGUCUGUUAUUUCCCCGCGAACUCAAACGCGAGUUUAUUCACAUCUGCAUCUUUAAACUCGCGCUUCCGCACGGGAGCGACACGCGUCACACGCCUGCGGAAAACGCGCAUACGAGCAUAUGUUUGAACAUCAGACUCGACUGACGCGAAUCAGGGAUCCGAAACCGCGGAGACUCGGUUCAGGGAAAGAGAGAGAAACCGCCCGUGCGUUUAACGCGCGUCUCAUUCGCGCUAAUCAUCACGCGACGCGCGUCGGAUCAUCCACCGGCGGCUGAGAAUCAUCUCCGUAAAACUAAAGUUUAAAAGCAAACUCUGCAGUUAGUUUCAUCCGGGAUCCGGUUUCAGCUCCGAGUGCCGCAGGUUCAGCAGCAGCAGCAGCAGCAGCAGCAGCAGGAGGAGGAGGAGGAUGAUGAAGAUGAUGAUGUCCGGGGAAGAGGUUCUGAUCCCGGACGACCGAGCUUUCAGCCGGUUCAGCCACGAGUGUCAGUCCGAGGAAGGCUGGAAUCUCACCUACAACAAAAACAACAUCAGCGUGUGGAUCCAGGUGCUGGAGGAGGAAAAGAGUUUACACAAGAUCAAGUGUCGGAUGCUCUGUAAGGACAUUACAGCUGAGACCAUGUACGACGUGCUCCACGACAUCGAGUAUCGGCGGAAAUGGGACGCAAAUGUCAUCGAGACGUUCGACAUCGGCAAACUGACGGUCAAUGCAGAUGUUGGCUAUUACUCCUGGAAGUGUCCUAAACCGCUGAAGAACCGCGAUGUCAUCACCCUGCGCUCCUGGCUGCCCAUGGGAAAUGAUUACAUCAUCAUGAACUACUCUGUCAAACACGCUAAAUAUCCUCCUAAGAAGGAUCUGGUGCGAGCCGUUUCCAUCCAGACGGGAUAUUUGAUCCAACGCACUGGCCCCACCAGCUGCACCUUAACAUACCUGGCACAGGUGGACCCGAAAGGUUCUCUUCCCAAGUGGGUUGUUAACAAGUCUUCCCAAUUCUUGGCGCCUAAAGCAAUGAAGCGCAUCAGUAAAGCGUGUCUUCGGUAUCCCGAGUGGAAGCAGAAGCACAGUCCAGGUUUUAAGCCGUGGUUGUUUCCGGAGCAGAAUCCGCUGUCCAACAUCCCGCUGUCCGAACUCUCCAUCCAACACGCCGAAUCGCUGGAGAACAUCGACGAGAGCUCACUCAGCGAGAGCAAAGACGAGCGUGCCGAACACAGCGACGACGAGGGAAACAACUGACAUACGUCCAUGUGAGCGGUUCUGAGCUCCAUUCCCUGUCAGAGCAGCCCAAUGAAGUGCUGAAUCCAGAUAAAUUUGGUUACACAGAUGUAAAUGAUUUUGAAUAAUGAUGAUGUGAUUUCUGAUCCCUGACCUUAUGCACGCAUGCAGUUUGUCUCCAGACACACAGAGGGCGCCGAUGUCGAUCUGCUGUACGACACUAGAGUUCAAUGAAUGAAUGUAGUAACGAAGAAUUAAAAACAAAUUACUGCCUGUGUUUUUGGA